AUGAACCCCCACUCAUUCUCGGGCUUCCCUCCCAAUGAGAACCGUCCCCUUAGGGGGAGCGGUAGCGGCACAUGGGACAGCUACAGCUAUGGGAAUGGCUUUGGUGCCAAGGAAGACGACAGGGGGAGAGAAAGGUUCAACGGCGACUCAAAUCCUCGUCCCGGCACGGCUCAGGUGUUUCCGACCGCAGGACCCACUGGCAAACGCGGCAGCCGGGCUUGCGUCUCUUGUCGCAAAGGCAAGAAUCGCUGCGAAGGCGACCCGACAGGUACAAACCAGUCAUGUCGUCGAUGCAUGAUGAACGGCAUCCAGUGUGUCUUUGAAAAGGCCACAGACCGUCGCGAGCGGAGCCGCAACGAAAGCUCUGCUGUUCCCGAGUCAUGGACAGGCGACGCAGAGGGAAGAGUGUCAUCGCUGGAAAAGAGUGUCCAUGAGCUUGCCAGCGGGCAGAAUCAGAUUCAGAACGCCUUGCAGCAGAUUCUGUCCAUGCUCCCUCAGGCUUCUGGGUCGCUCCCAACUCCAAGCUCUGCACCCAACUUUGUGCCGACAAGCGACCGUUCUUCAACGAUCACGCCCAUUGCCAACAUUUUCAACCACUCUACAACACCACCCUCUGUCUUCUCCAACACGUCCCCAAGCGUUACCCAAUCGUCAGGACCGGGUCUCGUGUUCUCCUCGGCUCCUGUGGACGCUCCCAAAUCCCCACAGAACACUGCCAGCGGACGUCACAGCAACCGCUCCGGGGAAGGAGAGAAACGGUCAUGGCCCAAGCUGCCGGGCUUUGCCCCACCGGACCACCGUUUUGGUACCUAUGGAAUCAUCCCAAUGUCAUCGGCACCGCCAUCACCGACCCACUCUCGGCGCUCUUCUAGGUCGUCGUCUGUGCACUCCGAGUCGUCUGACGCUGCGGUGCCGUCGUCGUCAAUGGUCGCGCCUAUCCAGGCACUGCAGACUCUGGCUAACGCAGCCGACCAGGCGGCAGCGCUCGCGAACGGUGGAGUUAUCCCAACCGCUAUUGCCACUCCUUCGCGUAGGAGGUCAGAGGCUGAUAGAGACGUGGAUGACGACGGCGAGGAGCGAGGCCGCACCCGCAAGCGCAAGAGGGUCACAAUUGGGGGCAAAAUCAUCCACCUCCGCGUCAAGGAAACCCGCUUGCCAGUUCCAAAGAACCCCUUCCCAGACGCAGUGACCAAGGGCUUGGUGUCUGAGACUGAAGCCAGAGAACUUUGGGACAUUUUCUUCACCGGAUGUCACUACUUUGUUCCUCUUUGGGACAAGACGUACGACAUUUACGAAAGUUACAUCGAACGCACCCCGUUCUCAACCAAUGGUCUUCUUGCCGUUGCUGCCAAAAUCCGAGCCGGCAAUGGACCGUUGGGACAGACAUUCCACUGGUGCCUGGAGGAGGCUCAAGGCAUCGCGCGUUCAACCCUCUUUGGCCCGAUUGUUCGCAAGGAGGCUGUCAUGGCCAUUUUGAUCCUGAGUGUGUGGAGCCAGUACAGCUGGUUGCCAUGCGGUCACGCCUUGCGAGGAGGCUUGGACAUGAACCUGCACCGUGCUCUUGACAACCUCGCAGACUCCGAGGAGGAGCGGUCCGAGGCAGAGGAACGAGACCUGGUUGUUUCGGCAAGAAUCUGGCUCAAUUGUUACCUCCACGAACACCUAUCGAGUCUUGGUACCGGCAAGCCUUUGCUCUUGCGUGACGAUUCGUCUGUUCGUGCGGCUCGGGUCCUUCUUUCUCAUCCAAUGGUCUCAGAAACCGACGCGAGCCUUGUGGCUAGAGUCGAGCUUGUCAACCUCCGCAUUCGGGUGCUGGAGCACCUGACACCUCUGCACGGCAAGGUCGACUCGGCUACGAUAUCGUUUGUUCACAAGAUUUUCGGAGAACUCCAAAGCUGGCACGCUGAGUGGCAUGAGAUUCACCGUGCCCGGUACGAUGAAGAAAGCGUCUUGGUCCGGCUGUUGGAAGUCGACCUCCUUUAUGCCCAGAUCUGGACCGUCUGUGUCGCCUUGCGAGGCUGUCAGUGGGACAAGCUUCCUCAUGAACAGCGGGAGCUGGCCUUCCAAGCCAAAGACGCUGCACAGAAGUGUGUCCAGAUCUUGCUGCAGUCUCAAAAGUUCCGUCAGCACUUGAAAUACGCAACCCACGACCAAUUGGCAACCAUCGCAUUCGCAGCCGUGUUUUUGCUAAAAGUGGCCAUGCUCUACCCCAACACCAUCUCUCUGCCGACUCUGAAUGCCCAAGUUUCAGAAGUGGCUCACGUUCUGUCCUCGGAAUGCUAUGCAGAGCGCUAUGCCCUGACCCUCAAGCUGAUGCUCGCCAACUUCCGGCGCAAGAGUGGUGCCAUGUCGACGGUUCCAGGUACACCACGCGCUCCACCCAACCACAACACCGAUCAGUUGCCAACCCACCCUGGUAAUGGCACUCAUGCGAUGGGAGAGUUUGAAGGCGGUCUUCAGAGUCUGUUGAGCCUGCCUCAGAUGCAGGAAGGUCUCGGUGACGGUGGAGUCGGUAACGAAACCUGGCCGCUGUUUGGCGAUUCGACUGAUGGGUUCGCCUGGCCGACAGAGUUUUCACCGUCAAACCUUCCGUCUUGGCUGCAAGACAACAGCUUUGCUGAUCUGGGCCUGCCCGUCGACGGUUCAGAUUCGUUGUUCUUGCCCCUCGAACUUGCCAACAUGUUUCUUCCUUCGGGUACGACGUCCAAUGCGACGUACCAGUUUGCCCUGCCUGAUUCUGGUGACGCCGGCGCAGAAGCGUGGUAG